AUGUCUUUCUAUCAAGCAAAUUCAGGGAUUGUUUAUGCUAGGAAAGGUCAAAGAUUAGAAUUUGCAUGCUUCUCCGAAUCUUCCCAAAAUAUCCCAAAAUGGGCUACUAAAAGCGACACUAAAUUCCCAUCAGGUGUUUUCCAAGAUCAACAGGGUAGACUCAUAUUUCCAGCUAAUACUGAGUGCCAUUCCGGUAUUUAUACUUGCCAACUUUCAAAUCAAGAUGGGAGUGUUUCUAAAAAUGUAAUUUUGGUUGUUGAUCUAUCGAAGCAUGUUGAUGUUGAUGUUCAGCCAAAGUCAGCUAAGGUUUUACGAGGGGGUACAGCUAUUUUAUUUAGUAACAUUAAUGGCACACAGAGUAAAGAAUGUGAAUGGACUAGAAUGGGAGCCGGUUUACCUUAUCAUCACCAGACAUACGGUCCAUUCUUAAUUUUACGAAAUGUUCAAAAAUCAGGCGAAUAUUAUACUAGCACUGUUUCUAAUAAUGAUGGGAUUGGCCAAGAUUCUGUUCAGCUCCAUGUUGAUGAUUAUCCUUCGGCUAAAAUAUCACCAUCAAACAGAAUUGCAUUAAGGCUUUUAAAAAGUGAAACAAAAGAUGUAUCCUGUAAUGGUGCCGGGAAACCAGCUCCAUCGGUGACCUGGAUUAAAGUUGGAGGUAGUAUUGAUCAAUCAUUGGUGUCAGGUGUUUCAUUAAAAUUUAGAAAUCCUAAACAAGAAAUGGCUGGAAUUUAUGAAUGUCAUGUUUCGAAUGCAUAUGGGAAUGUAUCGGCACGGCUGCAAGUAGAUAUAGCAGUAACAUCGAUACUCCCAGGAUUUGAUAAUAGCAAUCCUAAUAAUGCAGCCUAUGGAGCAUUUAUUGGUUCAGCAUUAAGGCCAUCUGACUAUCAUGAAAUCAACAUCAAAAUUAAGCCUACUAAAGUUCAUGAUGGUCUGAUUAUAUUUCAAAGUAACGGAUUUGCAGAAAAUACACCCUCGACAAUGCAUUAUAUUUCACUAGGUGUUAAAGAUCGGCACAUUACAUUUUACUAUUCAAGUGGACCACAAAGUAGCCCUGCUGGAAUAUCCGGUAAGGUUGUUUAUCCACUCAUUAUUCAAGAAGGCAAGUGGUACCACAUAGUAGCAAAGUAUGAACGGGGAUGGAGUUCGGUAGUAGUUAACGGUGGAACACCGGCAUUUACUUUUGGUAGUUUUUUGGGUAAAAGUACAACAAUAGAUCUAUCUAGCUGGAUAUUCUUAGCAGGAUUAUCCGAUUUAAGCCUGAAUCCACUAUUUGAAGUUCCAUAUGGAUUUUCCGGUUGUAUCUCUCAAUUAUCAUUUAAUAACAAACAGAUAGACUUAAGUAAGCCAGUCGAAAGUCGUCAAAUGGACAAAUGCGGCGCUGCCUGUGAAGGAGACCAGGUGUGUAGAAAUGGAGGUACAUGUCAAAAAUUUGCACAAGACGAAAGUUAUUUCACAUGUCGCUGUAGAGAUAAAUAUUAUGGAAAUUACUGCGAGAAAAUGUAUUCUGCGACAACAAACCCAUGUAGCCGAUCACCUUGUCUGAAUAAUGGACGAUGUAUAGCAAACGGUAAACAACAUUAUUGCUUAUGUCCUAUGCCAUACUAUGGAUUAUCGGACUGUGGGGAAGUGAAACAACUAAAUGCCAACGAUAUUCCAUAUUUCCAAAAGUAUAGUUACCUGCUCUAUUCAGUAAAUAUUAUUAAUGAAUAUCAGCAAAUUCAGUUCGAAUUUAAUGCCUUAAACUUAGAAGGUGCCCUAUAUUGGAUUGGUCAGAAAUCAGAGGGAAAAUAUCUCUAUAUAGCCUUGAUAAAAAGUAGGCUCGAGCUUAGAUUGCAUGUUAAUGGACGCGAAAAUUACUUAAUUUCAUCUCAAAAUAUCGUUACUGGGAAGUACUAUCAAGUCAAUGUGACUAGGAGUUACUCUAGCAUUAAAAUGUUUGUCGAUAACUUCGAAGCUCAGUUAUCCAAAUCAUCCAAUCUUGGCCCAUCAAGACUGAAAUAUUUGUCAGACGGUUGGCUAUAA